UGUAGUUGCCCGGUGUUGGAGGUCGGACAUACCAUGUAACAUCCACUGCGAAAUGCUAUACAAGCGCCGAAAAGAGUGUGAUUAACGUGAAAUUACAGAGACAUGUGGCACACACUGGUCUCUGAAUGACAUUUACUCCCGAGCUGAACAGUCGUUCGUUAAUAAGAAGCGCGUAGAAAACACGGAGGACCUCCAAAAACUGUCCGUCCGUUUUGUCCUACAAAGGAGAGUUUGACAGGACUUCAGUGCGCGGGCCUGCUGCUAGAGGAGGACGCUAUCCAGAGGACUUCAUGAGACAAUAAACACUGUCCUUUCUGUUGAGGGAAGCAAGAGAAAACAUGAGGAAGGACGUGAGGAUACUGCUUGUGGGGGAACCCAAGGUGGGGAAGACAUCGCUGAUCAUGUCUCUGGUCAGUGAGGAGUUUCCUGAUGAGGUUCCUCUUCGAGCUGAGGAGAUCACCAUCCCAGCUGAUGUCACCCCAGAAAGGGUGCCCACACACAUUGUGGACUAUUCAGAGGCAGAACAGACAGAAGAGCAGCUGUUCCAAGAAAUAUCAAAGGCCAAUGUUAUCUGCAUAGUUUACGCAGUCAACAACAAGAAGUCCAUUGAAAAGGUGACAAGCCACUGGAUCCCUCUCAUAAAUGACAGAACAGACAAGGAUAGCAGAGUACCACUGAUCCUAGUGGGGAACAAGUCGGACCUGGUGGAACACAGCAGCAUGGAGACCAUCCUGCCAAUCAUGAAUCAAUACCAGGACAUCGAGACAUGUGUAGAGUGCUCAGCUAAAAACCUGAAGAACAUUUCCGAGCUGUUCUACUACGCCCAGAAGGCUGUGCUCCACCCGACGGGACCCCUGUACUGCCCGGAGGAGAAGGAGUUGAAGCCUUCCUGCAUCAAGUCUUUAACUAGAAUCUUUAAAGUGUCUGACCUGGACAACGACGGCAUCCUCAAUGACAAUGAGCUCAACUUUUUCCAGAGAACGUGUUUCAAUACACCGCUGGCGCCUCAGGCUUUAGAGGAUGUGAAGAAUGUGGUCAGGAGAAACAUGACGGAUGGAGUCAACGACGACGGACUUACACUCAAAGGCUUCCUCUUCCUCCACACCCUCUUCAUCCAGCGAGGCCGACACGAGACCACCUGGACGGUGCUGAGGAGAUUUGGAUAUGACGACGACCUGGAGCUCACACAGGAAUACCUGUUCCCCAUGGUAAAGAUCCCCCCGGACUGCACCACAGAGCUCAAUCACAACGCUUACCUCUUCCUCCAGAGUGUCUUCGACAAACAUGACAAAGACAGAGAUUGUGCGCUGUCACCAGAGGAGGUGAAGGACUUGUUCAAAGUGUUUCCCUACAUGCCCUGGGGCCCGGAUGUCAACCACACGGUGGGCACUAACGAACAGGGAUGGAUCACAUACCAGGGAUACCUCUCCCAGUGGACGUUGACAACAUAUCUCGAUGUACAGCGUAGUUUGGAGUACUUAGGGUACCUUGGCUACUCUAUCAUCUAUGAACAGGAGUCUCAAGCUGCUGCCAUCACAGUAACACGUAACAAGCGCAUCGAUCUGCAGAAGAAACAGACUCAGCGCAGCGUCUUCCGGUGCAACGUCUUGGGCGCCCGAGGCAGCGGGAAGAGCGGCUUCCUGCAAGCGUUCCUGGGCAAGAACCUGCAGACACAGAGGCAGAUUAGAGAAGACCACAAAUCCUUCUACGCCAUCAGCACGACCUACGUUUAUGGUCAGGAAAAAUACCUGCUGCUCCAUGAGGUGAUGCCAGACUUUGACUUCCUGUCAGAGGCGGACCUUGCUUGUGAUGUAGUCUGCCUGGUGUAUGACGUCAACAACCCAGGCUCUUUUGAAUACUGCGCCAAAGUGUACAAGCAAUACUUCAUAGAUAGCAAGACGCCCUGCGUGAUGCUCGCCGCCAAGUCUGACCUGCACGAAGUACGGCAGCACUACAGCCUCUCACCGCACGAGUUCUGCCGCAAGCACAAGCUCCACCCCCCCCAGCCGUUCACAUGCAGCACCAUCGAGGCCCCCAGCAAAGACAUCUACACCAGACUCACCACCAUGGCCAUGUAUCCCCACGCCCGUCUGCGCUGCAUGUGUGCCUGCAACAGGUGCUCCUAUUGCCUGUGUCAGAACCUCCUCAAGUUGGAGCUGCUGCGCAGUAUAAAGGCCCAGCUCUGCAGGGUCGUGUUCAACAGGCACAUGGCCCAGGCCGAUCUGAAGAACUCCACCUUCUGGCUGAGAGCGAGCGUGGGGGCCACGGUGUUCGCGGUGCUGGGCUUCGCCAUGUACAGAGCACUGCUCAAACAGCGGUGAUGGGACAGCGUGACACUUCCUCCCCCCGGCCCCUUCUGGUGACUCUGCCCCCUCCCCUCCUACCUGAAAGACUCAAAAACACUGGCUGACUAACCCACCCUCAACUUCGCCUCAUCCUCUUCCCACAAUGCAACACAAGCAAGAAACAAAUGAGCGAAAUCAUAGUUACAUUUUAUAUGCAUUAAAAAAAAUGAAGUGUGGUGUAGUUUUAAAGUUGUGGGAAAAGGAGCAGGCGUACUUUUGAAAUCAUUCAAUCUGUAAAUGCUGACAUGUUGUCUAGUAUAGUCCGACUACUAAACACUGGAUGUUUUCAGCUGGUCCAGUCCUCUUUUUAUUUCUCAGGUCAGUAUUAUUCAUUAGUUAGAUGGUUGGAGACCAGAGAGAGGCAGCCAUAUACAGCAACACCACAAAGGGACUCGAACCUGUUAAUAAAUAUAGUGUAUAUGCAGCAUUUUAUGCAUGUAGGACUUUUAGAAUUGGACCCAUAGACCGCACAACAAGCUCCUACAGGUGUUAGCGAUGCAUCGAACACUAGAGGUCAUGAUUGGCAUGCACUUGUUUAUUUUGUGUGUUUAUUUAUUAACCUGUUUCUUUGUUUUUCUUGUCUGUUUUGAGUGCACCGCAUGAAACAGAAGGAUUUACAUUUUCCUUUUAUUUUUGUAUUUAGUUUUAUCAAAGCAGUCCUUAUGUAUUGUUUUUUCUGAUUUUAUUUUUCUGGUUUUCAAAUAGAGCUUCGUCCCUCAUGGUAUAUUUUUAUGAAGUUAGAAGCACCAUAUAUCAACAGAUUAUGCCAUUAACAACAGCCAUUCAGUGCACCUCUCCCACCUUUAAACUGUUAAAAAGUGUUUAUUCUCAUUCUUCUCUUUUCCAGCAUUUACAAUAAAACAAUGGUAUGAUCUGGCCCAGCCAUGUAGGCGUGUUGUAAGGGUUGAAUGACAGCAACAUUUAAGAGCAAUGAGGAUAAUAAAUUGGUUUUAAAUAUCUGUAAUAAAUGACAUUUACACCCACUGAA